AUGGGCUUGCUAUGUAUCAUCAUCAACUGGGCUAUAAUGCUCCUCGGACCUCAACCUGAGGGGUGCUCUAGAGGUUCCUUGACGCCUCAAUGUAACGUCGCUAGCAACAUCGACAGGAUGGUCUUUGGUGCUGAGCACAUGUACAAUCCUCUAUGGGAUUCGGAGGGCCUGCUCAGCACACUCCCUACCUUGGCAACCGUAGCCCUUGGCCUCGCUUGUGGGAAGUUCAUUCAAUCGAGACCCUCCCACACAGAGCUCUUACGGUUCAUCGGCUGUGGCCUCCUCCUUGGCCUCUGCGGUAUGAGUCUUGCUAUUCUCAUUCCUAUAAAUAAGACAUUAUGGCUUUCUAUGCGAGGGACUUUCGCAACUAUUUAA